UUUCAAUAUUUUAUUUUAUUUUAAAAUUCUUUUUCCUAUUAUUUUAAUUUUUAAAAAUAUUAAUUUUUUUUUUUUGUAAUUUUUUAUAAGUACGGUUUGGGAGAGCGCCAUCGACCUCAUGCUCGCGAACGAAAAGAAAAACGAGGAAAGGGAUCAGAGAUUGUUCAAAAUGGAGAAUACCUUCGAUGAUUUGCUUUGCGCCAUAUGCAAUAUGGACGUCCAUUGUUCCCAUAGUUCCCAUAAUGGUCUCGGUCACAACAAGAGUAAACAAACCAAACGGAUUGAUGAUGAACGAUCUUGUAAAAUGUUUGCCAAUCAUGUGCACGAAGAAAGCGUGGAAGAGAAUGAUUACCGCAUGAGAGAACAAAAUGUGGUUUCUAAGAUUCAAAGAGAUGGAGAUAUAUUUCCGCUUCGAUGGAGCUCGCCCAUGAUCGCUGGAAGAUUCGGGAAGAUUCCUUCCAAGACUCUGAAUUACGAUCACAAAAAUCUUAAUAAAUUUCCAAUGUCAAUCAACGAGAAACAGCUGUAUAAACUUGUAGUAAAAACUUUUGCCAAUUUUAAGCCUAAUAGUAAAAUACGCUAUCCCCUGAGGAUCGAUGUGACCAUUGGCCAAGAUAUGUUACCAGUGAGGGUUAUCAAAAGGCUUCACUCAGUCAAAAAUCAAAAUACAUUAGAGUCUAUGAUCAAGGAUCCUAGAAAACCAGAUAUUGAUAUUCCCAGUAUCCGGGCUCAAACACUCGCUAAAUUUUCCGGUGAGCAACGAUUUGUAGAUUAUGAAGGUAGCUGUAUUAAGCAUUCGUCGCCGUCGAACAUUAAAGAGUGCGCCAACGAAAUUCCAUCUGCCACCCUCAACAAUUUAAAGAAUCAAAUAAAUCAUUCUGAAAAUAAUGAUCCACUAGGUUUCGAGGGAAAUUUAAAGAUUAGAUCUUAUCGCCAGGAGAAUACCACGAGAACCGUUAUUCUUAAUAAUCUCAAAAAAAAUAAAAAGGUUAAGCGGUUGAUAGUCUCCUUUGAGAAGCAAGAUUCCCCCUUAUGGCUGAAUAAUUUACACAAGAGCGAUUCUUCGCCCACCAUAAAUGAAACGCCUAUAAUUAACAAUAAAAGCGCGCAUGCGCAUUACCUUUCGAGAUCAUUACCCCGAAAAGAGGCACAUUGGUUAUCCAGGAAUAAGAAAAACGCCAAAUGUUCAUAUCGCGACAAAAACGGGAACAUCGCUACGCAAGGUGUAUCAGCUGCGGCAACUUUAGAUGAUUCGUCGGUUUUCGAAGGAAAUAUAUCUGAAUACGCGAACUCGUCGAAAAACGGUGAUGAGAAAAUCUAUUCACCAUCUCCCGCGCCUAUCAAAACCGAACCCAAAAAUGUUUCUCUUAAAUAUUGCCUCCUCGAGAAAUGUCACCAUAGUCCCAUCCUUUUCCUACUCUAACAUUAUACCCUAUUCAUGUAAUAGAAAUUACGGUAUCGCCUCCGUAUCUAGUCCGAUAAAGUGCCAUGACCUGACUAAAAAAGUAACUACUGGUACACUACUGUCCAACGAUGCUACUUUGAAUGAUCGUUCUCUAAAUAUUAUUCCCUCUGAAUGUCACCCAACUAUAAAAUGUUCCAUAACUGCGGAUAAAAAUUUUGCCUCCAUAAUUAUGGGCCAACCGAUCACAUCUCGCGCGGGAGUAGCAAUGGAGGAUAUCAAAUGUUCGAGCACUCUAAAGAGGGCAAUACCAACCCCGUUGUUAAAUGGUUCGUGCGACCAUUUUUCCGAUUCACGAAAUGUAAACCGUAUCUCCAAAAAUCUCAAGUCGGGCCUCAGACUCGACCUGCGCACGGAUUUGGAGGGUAGGCUUGCACCCUUAGCGACUCCCGAAAAUACUACCACUCCUUUCCUGAGCAUUGAACCAUUGGAUAGGCGACAUCUACUCUCUUACAACAAUAAUCCAAGACUAGCCAAAAAAUCGAUUCUAACCUUCCGCAGGGUGAGACAAGCGCCUCACAAAGAAGGAAACCUACUACCUCCUGUUACCGAUCUCAAGAGUAAAAAGACGGCAGAGAGACUAAAAUUUUUGAAUCUCAAGAAAAUGUGUUCUUAAAAGAUUUCAAAAAUAUUCGAUGGUGUGUAUAUUAAUUUUUUUUUUGAAAAUAUUUAUUUGGCGAAUUAUGUUGUAUAUAUAUAUAUUUUAAUA